ACAGACACAUGGCGGCGGCGCUCUCGGAAAGUGCUCCGGCGGGAAACGCCCGGAUGGAAGCCAAGGACAUCUCCAUCCCCAUCCCUGCGCUAGCCACGGAGCGGCGGCUCGCCCAGCGCCUCAGGGAGCAUUUGGAAGAGGAGCAGCUGCUGGACAGGCGCUACCAGCUGCAGCAGGUGCCAGGGGGCCGCGUGGCCCUGCCCGUGCUGGAGGAGAAGCUCUCCCAGCUGUGCCUGCCCCUGGAGAUGCCCUGUGAGCUGGUCCAGAUCCAGCAGGACCCUGUCCCCUCCAGGGCAUCCCGGCGGCGGGCGCCUGCCCAGAAGCUGCGGGAUGAGUUGCGGCAGCUGCUGGGCGGGAGCUGGUCGGAGGAGCUGGAGCGGGAUGUGCCCCACGCCUGGCAGCGGCACGGGGACCUGGUGCUGCUGAGUGAGGACAGCUUCAGGGCUGCACCGUGGGAGAGCCUGGGUCCAGUGCUCUGGGAGACGGUGGCCUCGGCUUUGGGUGCCCGGCGGAUAGCCAGGCGAGGACGGGUGUUGCCAGAUGGGAUGCGGACCCCCAGUGUGACCCUGCUGCUGGGCCAGGACGGCUGGGUGGAGCACGUGGACAAUGGGAUCAGGUACACCUUUGACGUGACCAAGUGCAUGUUCUCACCGGGAAACAUCACGGAGAAGCUGCGGGUGGCCUCGCUGCCCUGCUCCGGGGAGGUCCUGGUGGAUCUUUAUGCAGGCAUCGGCUAUUUCACGCUGCCAUUCCUGGUUCACGCGGGAGCCGCCUUUGUCCAUGCCUGUGAGUGGAACGUCCACGCCGUGGAGGCCCUGCGCCGGGCCCUGGCACUGAACGGGGUGCAGGAUCGGUGCCACAUCCACCACGGGGACAGCCGGCAGCUGGAGCUGCAGGACACGGCCGACCGGGUGAACCUGGGGCUGAUCCCCAGCUCAGAGGAAGGCUGGCCAGUGGCCUGCCGUGUCCUCAAGAAGGACACGGGUGGGGUUCUCCACAUCCACCACAACGUGGAGACUCCCCCUGCACCGACCCCGGUCCUGCCAGCUGAGUGGGGGUCUCCAGAGGCACAGCAUCCAAUGGAGGACACCGGGAACAAGACAGUGGGGGCCAGGAUCAGACCCGAGUGGCAGAGGUGGGCUGAAACCACGGCAACGCGGAUCCAGGGGCUGCUGGUGGAGCUGCAUGGGCGGCCGUGGCACACCAGGGUCCUGCACAUCGAGGCAGUGAAGUCCUACGCACCCCACGUCCAUCACCUCGUGCUGGACCUCGAGUGCCGGCCAGCACUGCCCACGUAGCUGGGAAUGGGCCCUGUCGGGGCUCCAGCUCCCAUGGAAUGGUGCUACCACAGCACCAGGAGCAGUGUCCUGCUGCCAGCCUGGAUGUGGCUUAUGUCCCCUGCCCAGCAGUGCCUCCCUGUGCCCAGAGCACCCAGGGAUGUGCUCCCCUGGGAGAUCCCUCCAGGAUCAAGGUCGAGGAUGCAGUGAGAUGGGGAUGAGAGCUCCCUGUGUCCUGCCCCAACUCUGCCAGUCGCUGCCCAGAUUUUGGACAUGUGGUGGCACUUUCAGCCCUGUUUCCACACAGGAGAGAACCACAGGGCUGAAAAACCUCGGGUUCCUGCUGGGUUCAUUUCAACAGGUUGGGGACAGGCUUUGUGCUCGUAUUUACCAAUGUGAUUUUUUAUUGUACUGGAAACAGGGCUGUUUAUCUUGGCUUCUUCUUACAUUUUUUCAGAAAUAAGGAUGUUUCUCAU